AUGCCAAUAGCUGAGCAACACCCGCUUCUUGCCAAACGCGCUAUUACCCUACCAUUUUCGCAUGCCGGCCACGGGACGCCCGUUCUAGCGCACCACAGGAGGGGAAAGGCUGCUGGUUACCUCUAUGACAACCCCCGCAAUGCAUUGGCCAGCAUAGCAUGGCCCGCCCAACAAACUCUUUGCUUCGAUCCGCCUUCAGGCCACAUCCUCGCCUCGUCUAGACACCCACACUUAGUAUGUGGCGAGUGCAUCACCUCAUCGUCCGCACUUCCCUUGCGAUUCGCGCAACCCCAAGUUACGAGCGCUGCUGCACUCGCGCAUGCCCUCGUCGCCCGCGCGUCCCCUCGUCGUGCAAUGUUUCCCUCGUCGCAAGCGUUUCCCCUCGUCACGGAGCUUGCCCUCGUCUCCCACGCUCACCCGCGCUUCCCACGCUUACCCGCCAAUCUCCACUCCCUCCUCCCUGCUUCCCCACUCCCUCCUCCCUGCUUCCUCCAUCCCUCCGCCCUGCUUCCCCCCUCCCUCCGCCCUGCUUCCCCCCUCCCUCCGCCCUGCUUCCCCCCUCCCUCCGCCCUGCUUCCCCCCUCCCUCCGCCCUGCUUCCCCACUCCCUCCGCCCUGCUUCCCCCCUCCCUCCGGCCUGCUUCCCCCCUCCCUCCGCCCUGUUUCCCCCCUCCCUCCGCCCUGCUUCCCCCCUCCCUCCGCCCUGCUUCCCCCCACCCUCCGCCCUGCUUCCCCCCUCCCUCCGCCCUGCUUCCCCCCACCCUCCGCCCUGCUUCCCCCCUCCCUCCGACCUGCUUCCCCCCUCCCUCCGCCCUGCUUCCCCCAACCCUCCGCCCUGCUUCCCCCCUCCCUCCGACCUGCUUCCCCCCUCCCUCCGCCCUGUUUCCCCCCUCCCUCCGCCCUGCUUCCCCCCUCCCUCCGCCCUGCUUCCCCCCUCCCUCCGCCCUGCUUCCCCCCACCCUCCGCCCUGCUUCCCCCCUCCCUCCGCCCUGCUUCCCCCCACCCUCCGCCCUGCUUCCCACCUCCCUCCGCCCUGCUUCCCCCACCCCCUUCUCUGCUUCCCCCCACACCCUCUACCUGCUUCCCCCAAUCCCCUUCUCUGCUUCCCCCCAUCCCCUUCCCUGCUUCCCUCCAUCCCCUUCCCUAA